UUCUAAUAAUUCCAUAGAGCGAGACAAUCCGGAAAAACACAGCAGAGAAAUUGGACAGCGUGGAAUUUGAACCACCAACUAUUCAACACUUGCACAGAAGAGAGGAAUUGCAUUAGCAUCGCAUGAAUUGAAGGACACUGUCUGCGGCUGGUGAACCAGUACACUUAUACUAAUGCAAACUGGUUAAGAUGUCAUUAUGGGUGGCACUGCUGUCUAUGGCAUCACUGGGGCGAGGUGUGGACUGCCCGCAGUUUUGCUUUGCCUGGCAGCUCUCCUUUGCGCCAAUCUGCUGCUGUAUUUCUACCUAGAUGCCCUGUAUCAGGACACUAACCCUCUCUCAGCACACACACAGUGCCCGCUUCGCUACUUUAAAGUGGGCACAAUGACCGCCUGUACUCCUUGGCUACGGUGUCCGGAAAUUCGCGCUGAGGUCCGCCGUGUGAAGCUCAUCGGACAAGGAGCUGUAAAGAAGGUGUAUCUGUCGGAGUGGCAAGGGCAGAAGGUGGCGCUCUCUGUCUUGUCAUCAGAGCAGUAUACAGACGAUUUCCUCCAUGGACUGUCAAUGCUACGUGCCUUGCAGAGCGCCCACGUCGUGACGCUUGUAGGGGCGUGUGAGGAGGAUGGUGUGUUUGUCACGGAGUACCACCCUCUUGGAUCAGCACUAAUGCUCGAUGCCACUCUUGCGCAAGACCGAUAUCAGUGGAGGAACUCUUGGCAUACUCGACUACAGCUGGCAAUAGACUACGUCGCCUUCCUGGCAUACCUGCACAGCAGUCCAGUGGGCAUCCGAGUCAUGUGUGACUCCAACGACCUGCACAAAACUCUCAGCCAGUUUCUUCUCGCAUCCGAUAUGCGUCUUUUGGCCAACGACCUGGAUGCAUUGCCUGAGGUAAAAAGGGGGAGCCAAGGGGUGAAAUGCGGUCAUCAUGAGCUCACUGGGGACUUUGUUGCCCCCGAGCAAUUGUGGCCUUAUGGUGAGGAUGUUCAGUUCUCAGAUGAAGCCAUGCCUGGUUACGAUGAAAAGACGGACAUCUGGAAGAUUCCAGAUGUGACACGUUUCCUUUUAGGGAAUGUCCUGGGAAGUGAUGUCAUUCAUUUCCACUUGUUUCAGAUCUACACAGAAUGCAAGAGGAAGGAGCCUCACAUGCGGCCCACAGCACUCGAGGUCCUCAGUGUGUAUCGCUCAGUCUAUGACAGCAUGAUAGAGAGCCAAUCCCAGAGAGUUAGAGAUAUGUUGUAGAGAGUUAUGGUCAUUAAAGGGAGUGUUCACCCAAACAUUCUGUCAUCAUUUACUCAAAACCUGAAUGACAUUCUUCUGUGGAACAUAAAAGAAGAUAUUUUGAGAAAUGUUCCAUAUAGUGGAUGUCAAUGGUCACCAAAACUGUUUGGUUACCAACAUUCUACUAAAUAUUUUAUUUUGUGCUCCACACUAGAACAAAAUGAGCAUGAUUAAAUUAUGACAGAAUUUUCAUUUUUGUGUAUAUUAUCCCCUUGAGAGUUUAAGAAAGUAACGAUACCAAUGCAGUACAAUGGGUUUUGUCAUACUAUUAUGUGGCACUGAGAAGAAUAUGCAGCAAAUGUAUGACAACAACAUCCAGCAGAGGAUGAGAUGCAGCAUCUCAGGGUUUCAGAUUUGAAUUCAGCUACUUCUUACUAUAGUAUAUACUAAGUUCUUACUUAUGCUGACUAAUACGUUUUGCAUAACUAUACCUCAUAAAAGUUCCUUUCAGUUUAGCGAAUAGAACUUACCUUACUGAUGCAGUGAUUGAAGUGAUCUUAUUUUAAUUUUAACAAGAUAUUGAUUAUCAUUCUAAACACAGAACCUGCUUUGUGGAUAUUUUUGUUCUCUCUCAGAAUCUGGAAGCCUUUAAUAAAUCAUUUUCUCAAGAAUA